AUCUAAUACGUUGGGUUGCGCUGGUUUUCGUUGGAAAUGAACUACGUCUGCUCAUUUGCCAGAAACUAGACUACGAUACUGUACUGUAAAGGUAACAAACACACUGACUUUAUCUCUGCCUAGUAGUUCAAUUUCAAUAUUUACAAAUCACUUGGUCUCCUCUAGCUGCAUAUUUCAUGUCACUGAGAGCAUCAAGCAAGCUAAGCUAUCCGUCCUUCUGGCCACUUGGUAGAUAGCUGCUUUAUUUCCGCAAUUUCAAUGUCCUAGUUGUCUCGAUCGGUCGACAAGCUAGCCUCCAUUUUGUCGCGGGUGCAUUCUCCACUUUGUAUGGCUCAGCAAUUUAGGUUCCAUAACCCAGCGUGAAACCGAGGGCCAACGAGAUGACACAGGAAACCAGCGCGGUUCCGUAGCUGAAGAGCUCGUCUUCGUCCUCGUCUUCAUCACCGUUGUACACAGCCGGGGACAUGGAGACACCCAAGCUAGUUCCCUGCGGCAACGCAAAGGCAGGGGUGUUUCCAUGCACUGGCAGCUGAGAGACAUCAUCUCGAUCUUUUCCGACCGAUGCCGUCGACUUGAACGCUGGGCGUGAAGACCUCGGAUCCAGCUUCUUGGCAGUGAAGGCCACUGCCCUACUCGUCAACGCGAGUAUCAGGACCACAUAGAACCAAGCCUUCAUUCUCGUUCGGAUUGGCGCUCUCCGUAUCAGUGGGGUGUCGUCUGGCCAAGAGGCUCGAAUCUACUACCUGGUACGCUAAACUCACUCGUCGCCUCCACUGUUCUCCGCACCGUCUUAAUAAUACACAAUGAAUCUAUUACAACAACAAGCUACCCUACAACAGGUUUCCAAGACCUUCGAUUGUCUCUUUCAAUCUCUUAUUCAAGUGUUGUCUCCGCUACGCUGGUGGCGACCACUCGAUAGUGGCGCCUCGAUUUUGCGAGCGGUAAGCGGUACUUGCUGACGUCUGGUCGUGGUUUGAUGUCCAGUCAAGACUGCAUCAGUCAUCUCUGCCUCUCCGGGUUCCUUUGCUGAAAGAGGCACCAGCUACUGUACGGCUGUACAAGCCACCGUUCCAAUAGAUCCAAGAUGGGCAAAACAGCACAUAGUGGCCUAUGGUAAUGCGCUAUUUCGUUUCAUCAACCACAUGUUCCAAUCCAUACAGUACCAGUACCGUAGCCGGAAACGAUUUCAGUAUUUGCAAUCCAAGAGGUCAGUGAUGCAGCCGGGACACCUAGCUCGCAGGUUCCUUCGGGGUGUACCCACUUUGUUUCCUGGCCUGGUCUAUGUGAGAACGGUUGGAGCGACUCACUCUGGAGCAGGCUCAAGCAACGGGGGUAACCUGACCACGCCAUUUCCAAUCUUAGUGAACCAAAUCAUUCAAAGCACGUCGUACGCAGCCGCGAAAUGGGUUACAGGGUGGCUCCGAUUUGAUUCUCCACUUACAUGUACCUGCGUACCGGUACGGCACCGACACUCGACAUCGAGCCAAUGCUGGACUCUACGUACCGGUAUGGCACGGGAAAGUUUGCCUUAGCCUUCCCCCCCUCCAUUGAUCCGCAGCUUUCUUUCUUCCUCUGGCCCCCCUGGGCAUACAUGUAAUAAUAUUAUUGCCCGGUGUCAGUUUUAAAGCCGCAGAGUGGUUCAUUUCCCUUGAACGCGCGUUUCCUCCCUUCUUUGUCGAUGACGUGGCACCGCGAUCCUUGUUGAUUGCACUUCAACAAUGCAGCGGCUGCCAAAGCUUGGCAGAAAGCACGGUAUCCAAGAGAACCACCAACUUCUACGUGCGUCUCGGUCCGUCUCAUCUCAACAGCUCUCACUUGUCUGGACCAAAGGAUCACAAUCAACAAUCCAUCAAUACCAUGAAGUUCGUAUCUGCUUGCACCCUUGCCCUUGUGGCUUCGGCCUCUGCCUUCGCUCCUUCCUCCUCGGUCAGCCGCUCCACCGAGUUGAACGCUGUGAAGGAUGACUUGGCGUUCCUUGGAAAGGCCGCCCUUGCUGGUGCCGUUGCUGUUGGCAUUGCCGCCGCUCCUGCCCAAGCCAUCACCAAGGCACAGCUUAACGAGCUUUCCUACCUUCAGGUUAAGGGAACUGGUCUUGCCAACAGAUGCCCUGAGGUUAUCGGCGAGGACUCCAUCUCCCCCAAGUCUGGACAGAAGCUUGUUGACAUGUGCAUCGAGCCAAAGGCCUUCGCUGUUGAGGAAGAAAUUGGAAAAGCUGGACGUACCGAGAAGAAGUUCGUUAACUCCAAGGUCAUGACUCGUCAGACUUACACCCUUGAUGGAAUUGAGGGAAACAUUGAUAUCUCUGGAGGAAACAUUGUUUUCAGCGAGAAGGAAGGUAUUGAUUACGCCGCCACCACUGUCCAACUUCCAGGAGGUGAACGUGUUCCAUUCCUUUUCACUGUCAAGGACCUUGUUGCCAAGGGAAGCGGCAGCGCCUUCAAGCCAGGAUUCCAGAUGGGAGGAGAAUUCUCCACUCCUUCUUACCGCACAGGUCUUUUCCUUGACCCCAAGGGACGUGGUGGAACAACCGGAUACGAUAUGGCUGUUGCUCUUCCAGGUCUUCAAUCUGGAGAAGAGGGUGAUGAUGAACUUUUCGCCGAAAACAACAAGGUGUUUGACAUCACAUCAGGACGUAUCGAGAUGGAAGUCAACAAGGUUAACUCCGCCGAACAAGAAAUCGGAGGAGUUUACGUUGCCACUCAAUUGUCUGAUACCGAUAUGGGAUCCAAGGUCCCAAAGAAGGUCCUCACCAAGGGAAUUUUCUACGCCCGAGUUGAGUAAAUACGUUUUGCUAGUGCAGCAAGACAAGCUACCUUCUUUCGGAUUUGAAUCACACAUAGUGCUCUCCAACCUAUAGACUAAAUUUCAUCUGAUUGGGACGGCUGUACGAAUAGUUUUGUAACCCUUUCAAUAGCCACAGCAUUGGAGAACCUAUUCAAUAGCCACAGCUUAGUCACGUUGUCCCAAUUCUUAAGGCUAAGGCCGGUUGCGCUUGCAGGAUUCGAAUGAAUGUUUUCUAAUAGUUGGUGCUCAUUUUGAUGUUUUGCGGCAGCAAGAAGCCAUAUCUUAAGUUUGAGAAUGUCACGUUGAUAUCCGUGGAAGGAAUGGGUGAUGUCAGCAGUGACAGUGACUAAAAGAUCCGUUUGUAGCUACGGUAUCUUUACUUCCUCUCCCUCUUUACAACUCAGUUUUGCACUUCCAGAGACAUCCCCACAACAACGUAUCGUUAUGUACCUUCCAAGGUGUGGAACUGUACCUCCGUGUACGAUUAACAAACAAGAGCAGAGACGUAAUAAAUGUAGAUUUAGCAGCUAUUACAUGUACAAGGAGACAC